CCCGUGUGGGGAAGAGGGGGACUCGAAGCGGGGGGACAAUGGCGACGGGGCCUGGUGUAACGCUGCAGAGCGGCAGUCCAGCCAGAGAACUUUCUAUUUCGGUUCAGCAAGGAGGAAAUCAGACUCUCGAAAAUCGGGUAAAACCCGAAGAGGCUACAGAAACAGAGAAGCAGAGUCGCAUGGCUUCUCUACUGGAGAAGCUUCAUGCCAAACACAAUGCUUCCCGACCAUGGCAAGAAACCUGCAAGGUUGUGCGUCAGGCCAUGGAGAAACGUGGUGUGAUGAACGCAGCAGGUCACCAGCUCCUACUCAGCUGCUUGGAGACCCUGCAGAGAGCCCUAAAAGUCUCAUCUCUCCCGUCCAUGACAGAUCGUCUAGAAUCCAUUGCUCGACAAAACAUGUUGGGCUCUCACCUCAGCCCAUCAGGGACUGAGUGUUACAUCACAUCAGACAUGUUUUAUGUGGAGGUGCAGCUGGACAGCAGUGGCCAGUUAGUGGAUGUCAAGGUGGCUCAUGAGAGAGAAAACCCUACGAGUUGUCCUGAACUGUUUCAGCAUCUAAGGGAAAAAAACUUUGAAGAAUUUUCCAAACAUCUCAAGGGGCUGGUUGAUUUAUACAAGCUUCCAGGAGACAAUAAACUGAAAACGAAGAUGUAUAAAGCACUGCAGUCGUUAGAGCUUGAUCUGACCAAGAUGAUGCACAUGUUUAGGUUAGCAACCAAUGCUAAUACAGUGGAAACUAUUCUUCAUGGAAGUGUGGGCUUGCUGACAGCCAGGAGUGGUGGCCAUCUGGUUUCUCUCCAGUGUUAUGUGUCUCCUUAUGACAUAUUUGAGGAGGGAACAGGGACACAUCUCAACCUAACCGACAACAACGUGCCACGUUCUUUGGGUGUCAGUGUGUCUGUGACAAUUGAGGGAACGUCUGCAGUGUAUAAGCUCCCAAUCACUCCACUCAUCACCGGUUCCCACUCGGUUGACAACAAGGGCACACCUUCUUUUUCCACUGUGACCAACUCCAACUGUGUAGAUCUGCCAGCUUGUUUUUUCCUCAAGAUGAAUCGGCCCAUGCCUUUCUCACUAUCCUUUAUUCAGAGGAUGGGCAGCGUUACUUCAAUUCCAGUGUUUGACUCUUUGCCGAGCCUCUCACCUCUUUACCAGUUGAUAGUCCAGAGCCAGCUGCAGCUCUUGGAAGAGAACAGCUCUCUGCCAGCACCACUCCACAACAUGCACUUUUACUCUAUCUUGCCAGAUCAGCAGCAUUGUUACUUCCUAAAUGGUGACGCCCCGGUGCAAGAUGGUCACUCUCUUCAAGGAGCGAUGGUGUCCAAGAUCCCCUUUGGCCACCCGGCACAAGUGCCAUUCUUGCUGGAUAUAAUUCGCCACCAGGCAGCCUGUAAUACAUUGAUAGGCAGUUGUGUCAAACGAACAUCCAUCAAAGAAGACAGUGCAGGCCUUCUGCAGUUUGAAGUAUGUCCACUCACUGACUCAAGUUUCAGCGUCUCUUUCCAGCACCCUGUCAAUGAAUCGUUAGUCUGUGUGGUGAUGGAGGUUAUUGACUCCAGACAGGUGUCCUGCCAGUUGUACAAAGGACUGUCAGAUGCUCUGAUCUGUACUGAUGAAUUUAUUACCAAAGUGGUCCAGAGAUGCAUGUCCAUUCCUGUAACUAUGCGGGCCAUUCGAAGGAAAGCUGAGACCAUCCAAGCUGACACGCCUGCUCUCUCAUUAAUCGCACAGACAGUGGAAACCAUGGUUAAGAAUAAUCUGCCACCCUCUGGUAGUCCCACCUAUAACAUGGUAGCAGGAGAUGGAGCCAACCCAACAGGACUGCCUGGACUCACAGGCAGCAACACACCUACUGCUGGAGGACCCCCUGGGGGCCCUAAUUUUGCAGGUCCAAUCUCUUCUUUGUUUGAAAUGUCUCGUACAGGGAGGCAAUCUCAAGGGGAGUGUCUCACCCCAGGAGGGGUGGCUGGUCAGCAACAGUUGCAGCAACAGCAGCAAGGUCAAGGCCAUUCAGAUGACUACAACAAAGUUACCCAGAAUCCCAUAUUGACAAGUUUAUUACAGAUAACUGGAAGUGUGGGUUCUAGUCCCAGUUCACAGAAUGCACCACAACCCCAUCAAACCCCACCCCCAACAUCCUCCCCUGCCAGCAACACAAAGAAUCAUCCUAUGUUGAUGAACCUUUUGAAAGACAACCCCACACAGGAUUUUGCUGCACUCUAUGGUUCUAGUCCGUUGGAGAGACAGAAUUCCUCCGGCUCCCCACGGACAGAUAGCAUGGCUGGAGCUUGCUCAGGAAGUAACGCAAAGGGAAAGAAGAAGCGUCCCCGGGGAACUGAAAAGGGUGGAGUUCUGCCUGGAGCAAGUGCAGGUGGUGGAAGUGGUGGUAUGGGUAUGAAAUCACAACAAGCAUCCUCCAUACCACAGCAUCACCAGCACCAUUCAGUUACCCAUGAGGAUGAUUUUCAUCGCGAGCUCCUUUCUAUGGACGUGGAUGCAUCUCAAAAUUCUAUCUUCGAUGUUAACCUAACUGGGGAUGGCCUCGAUACACCUCAUAGCAUCACUCCUGCACCUAGCCAAUGUGGAACACCACCCCCAGGCUCCAACAUGCCUUAUUCACAAUCUCAUGUUCAGUCUCAGCAACAACCACCACCAGGUGCUGUUCCACCUCGUAUGGUCCGCCUCUCCAGCUCUGAUAGCAUUGGCCCAGAUAUCACAGAAAUCUUGCAAGAUUUACCUGAACAAACUGGUAAAGGCAGCAGCGGAAACCAUGGGCAGCACCCUAUGGGCAGUGGUGGGGAGGAUGGAGGCCCCCUAGGUACUCCCAUCCGUGAUUCAUCAAGUUCUGGUCAGGGUAGUGCAGUGUUUGACUCAGCAGAUAUUUUUAAUACCAAUAGUAAUGAAAACCCCUUUACAGAUGCUGCUGACCUGAUUGCUGAGGCAGCUGCAACUGCUGCCACUCCUACCAGUGACUCUUCUUCCACAAACUUCUUUCCUGAUGCUUCCGACUUCAACCCUGAUCUUCUGACCUCAGGCCACGGUUUCUCCCAGAGCUACUUUGAUGACAGUUCUCCAAGUGCUGAUGGAGACUUGGACCUAGUCAAGGGAUUUGGGGGAAGUAGCCAGCAGAAUACUCCAUCUGGAACACCUCAGAAUCCUACCCCACAUGGACAGAGCACCCCAGAACCCUCACUUAAAGACCCUUUCGAUAUGGGGUUGGUUUUUGGAGGCUCUGGUAAACCCCUUCUAGGGCAAGCUCCUGAUUUGGGAGACGCACCAGGUGGAGGGUCCCAGAGCCCCAUCAUGAUGGGACUUGGUGCAUGUACUGAUUUUAAAAGUGCAGAACCCAAAGUAAAACAACAGCAAGGACUCAUGCGGCCAAAGGAUGAGAAUGGUGGCUGUGGGGGGAGCAGUUCUGGGAUGGGAAUGGGAAGCAGCUCAGUGGAGGGAAAACAAGUCAAAAGAAGCAGAACUCCAUCCAGUGAGGGGAAGUCUAAAGAUAAACCUCCCAAACGCAAAAAGCUAGAUCCUGAUGGCAAGUCCCCCUCUCACAGCUCAGGAGGGCGGCCAUAUACGCCUCCUAGUGGGGGUUCAGGUUCUGGAGGAAGCGUAAGUGGAGGAGGCUCCAAAUCCCCUGGUAGUUCAGGGCGCUCACAAACUCCCCCUGGAGGUGCCACACCUCCAAUUCCCAAAAUCACCAUUCAGAUCCCAAAAGGCACCAUUACUGGGGGAAAAACAACAUCCCAUGGUGGAUACACCUCCAGCAGCUCAGCCACUAGCAGCACAGGAGGUUCAGGUGGAACCAGUAGCAGCAAAAGCCACCAUUCACACUCAUCUUCCUCUGGGAAGAUCAAGUCCAAAGAAGGUUCAAUGACACAAGGUAACAGCUCCAAGCCAGGGAGUGGAGGAAGUGGAAGUGGGCCAUCCCAGUCAAAAGGCUCCUCUCAAGGCAUUGGUGUUGGCAAACCAGGAUCCUCCCCAAUAACUAAACAUGGGCUGUCUGGGCCUGGAGGUUCUGGAGCAGGAGUUGGAAGUGGUAAUAAAAUUAAGCCUCAGGGGGGCAAGCCUCCUGGGUCACUUAUGAAUCCCAACAUAAAGCCUAAUAUUUCCCCUUCCCAUUCCCGUUCCAGCAGCUCUAGUGACAAAUUGUCCUCCCCACUGAAAAUGCAGCAGUCCCAAGUUCCAGGAACCCCUCCUUCUUCCAAGGCUAAAUCUCCAAUGGGCUCAGGAGGUGGCAGCUCUAGUGGAUCUAAGUCUUCCUCUGGAGGAGGUUUGAGCUCUCAGAAGCCAGUUGGUGGAGGCUCUUCCUCUAGUUCCACGUCUUCCUCUUCAUCUUCCAGCUCCUCCACAUCCUCUGGUUCCAUGAGCUUCUCAGGAGGCUCCCAGUCUCAGUACGGGAGUGGAGGAGGUGGAAGUGGAGGGGGAGGAGGGACAGGUGGAGGAAGUGGUGGAGGCAGUGGAGGAAGUGGUGGGUCUGGACAGAACAAUACAAAUAACCCUAAUGCCAAAGGGAAGUCUCCUAGUAGAAACAAAAAACCCUCUUUAACAGCAGUUAUAGACAAGCUGAAGAGUGUAGGUGGAGGUGGAGUUGGGGAGGAUGGUUGUGAGGUAGGGCCACCAGUUGGGGGAGGUGGUUCAGCAUCUGCUCCUGGUGGUCCUGGAAAUGUGUCGAGUGGAUCUUCAAACAUGGGUCCUUCCAAGCAUUCCUCAUCCUCCCAAGGCGGAGAAUAUAAACGGGAAAAGUCUGAUAAGGAGGCAAAAGCAAAAGUUUUGGUUUCGGUAGGAAAUAUUGGGGAUAAAAAAAUGAUGGACUCAAAAACAGGUGGAACUGCAUUGGCCAAAAUUAUCAUUAGCAAACCAGAUGGUGGUUCACCAAGCAUCAAGGCUAAAGUGACCCUUCAGAAAGCGGGAGAAGGUUCUAAUGACCCCAUGCGUCCACAAAUUCCUAGCCUCAAAGCAUCCCCCCUCUUUAGUGGCUCUACACCCAAGCAUGACCGGUCCUCCCCCAGCCACAGCCGCUCACCAGGAUACACACCGCUCAACCACGACAGCGAGAGUGAAUCGGGUAGCAGCUCAGUAGCAGAGAAGUCACACCAGAACAGCCCUAGUUCAGAUGACGACCAAACUGUGCGCCCUCUUCCUCCUCAAGACUACAUGAGCUCCAUUUCCCUCAGUUCAGGGGAAAAACACAAAAAACAUAAGAAGGAAAAGAAAAAGCAGAAAGAGAGAGAGCGGGAGAGGGACAGAGACCGAGAACGGGACAGGGAGAAGGAGAAAAAGAAGUCUUCUAUGUCCAUGGGGUCGUCUUCACAUCCAAUAAAAGCAGACAGUUGGUCACGGUCUCCCAUCUCAGCCUCAGAUUCAUCACUCUCCAUGCUCGGCUCAGAACGUCAAUCCCGGUCCAGUCCAAUGUAUAUGAGAAAUGAGGAUGACGAUCUCAUGGACUCCGCCCUUACUGGUAACCUUUAAAAUAUAAAAGUUUCUUUUAUAUUUUUGUCGUCAGAUUUUAACACAUGGCUUUUAACAUACAAAGUUAACCUCUAUUUAUUGAACUCAGAAUAAAUUGGAACUGGAUAGAAGAACGUUGUGGUUCUGUGUGACCCGAUAAAGCUGUAUUUUAAUGUUAGAUUUUACUGUAACUGAGUAUCAUUGUAUAAUGUCAUGAAUGGGUUGGCAGUUCUAUGACAGUAGCUUUUACAAAUAUAAAGCCACUUAAGAGUACCGAAUUUCUACAGCUUGUCUGCAAAAGUGGCUUUAAACAGUAUAUUUUCUGAGAAGUGGACAUAAGUUUUGUAUUUUCUGUCAUGUCAAAAGUUUUUACUGUCAGUAUAAGUUUGUAAUGUUUUAUUUAAUAUAUCAUGCAAAGUGCACGUCUGAUUGCCACAUAUAUUGUAUGUUGUCAAAAAAAAGCAUAAAUAGGUAUUGUAAAGCAAGAAAAGGUACAGUGUUUAUUUGCCUUUUUGGAUAAAACUCAGUAGAUUUUACAACACUGACCUGUUAAUGUUUAAAUUUGUAUAACUAAAUACUGAUGAUGAUGUUUUUUGUUUGUUUUGGUUUUUUUCUGUAGCAUUUUAGAAGCUCAAAAUAAACAUUUAACUUC